CCAGUAGCAAGAAUUCUCCUGUACAAAGAUGCUCUGCAGCAUGGCCAUGGGAUCGCUGAAGUUGGUUGGCUGUCUCUUGGCGAUUUCACUCGCCCUGCCUCCUACCCUGGCCACCUGCCCUUGGGUAUGUUUGUGCUCACACCACGACAGGGUGGUGGAUUGCUCAGGAAGAAACUUGACAACGCUGCCAGAAGGCAUACUGAAUAACGUCACAGCCCUGAACAUCUCGCACAACAGCUUCGAGAAUCUCGACGACAUGCUCACACAUUACGUCAACGUGAGGAUCCUCGACGUAUCUAGCAACCUGCUCAGUCACGUUCCGGCUAAGUUACCACGGGCUCUGUGGGAAAUCCAUGCCGCUAAUAACAUCAUCAAACGAAUUCAAAAAGAUGACACUGCCUCCCAGUGGAACCUUAAAACACUCGACGUAUCCAACAACAUGAUUGAAAGGGCCGUCCUAAUCAACAACACAUUGAUCAACCUCAAAUAUCUCAAUUUCAGUGGAAAUCGAUUCUGGAGUGUCCCAACUAACAUGCCGCACAAUCUGAGCACCUUGGACUUAUCAGGUAACAACUUGGUACAAAUCCUCCCUGGCACGUUUCGCCAAGCCAAACUUGCAGAAUUGUACCUCAACAACAAUAACUUCAAGUACAUUCCAAAUGAUGCCUUUAAGCAGCUCACUGCUUUGCAGUCAAUUACACUGUACAGUAAUCCUUGGGCGUGUAACCUGAACCAGAAUAUAUCGUAUUUGUUGACCUGGAUAAAGACGACAACAGCAACAGUGUAUGGAUGCCCGUGUGCCGCAGAAUACAUUUGUGAUCAGAACCGAGCUGCCAAUUCUGAUGCAAGUACUCCUAUGCCGUCAAGUCAAACUCCAUCAACAUUAUUUUACAGACGUCGACAGACCGAAAACCAUACAAGCACCUCUGCCGUACAGGUACAGAUGAGCUUCCUUGGAUUCUCAAUUAGAACCACAAAUAGCACGAUGAUUGAUACCACUACAGAUGCUCCCCCACUGGCCACACUGGACGUUACUGCUUCUGAGCCAACCAGUGACAGCGAUGUUUUAACUCAAGCCACCACAGAGCUCCCCAGCUCUAGUAGACCUCCAUCCAACCAAACCAGUGCAAUCACAUUAAACACAACCAUCCAGCCAAUUCAGAGCAUAAAUCUGAUCACGCCUGCGAUUUCAACAACAUUUGAGUCUGUUAACGACAACGCAACAUCUCUCAUCACUGAGCACAGUCACAUUACUGUGGCAAAACCAGCUGGAACCAUCAGGCCUACCAGCAGCAAGAAUCAAAAGACAACAGUCGUAAAAACUAUUUCUGUAUCUGCAGCAGCGCAUGUAUUUCGAGGAAGCACACUCUACCUUUUACUGCUUACCAUGCUAUCUUUACUGGCAAUUUACUAUCUCACCCAACAAGAGAAGUCAACAUCUUGACUGAAAAUGGCCCACAACGACAUCUGUCAGAUCAUAUAUUUU